AUGCCAAUCGCCAUCACUGGUAUCAGUACGAGAUUUCCAGGUGGUGCUGAUACACCUGAAGCUCUUUGGAAGAUGAUCUCCAAGGGUAAAAGUGCCUGGUCAAAGGUUCCUGAGGAUAGGUUCGCUUUGGAUGCUUUUUAUCAUCCUGACCCAGACCGAAAUGGCGCUAUGAAUGUUGUUGGUGGCCAUUUCUUGGAUGAAGAUAUUGCGUGCUUUGAUGCGCCAUUCUUUGGCAUCAGCCGGAACGAAGCAAAGGCCAUGGAUCCUCAACAAAGACUCCAGCUAGAGUCCGCUUACGAAGCUCUCGAGAAUGCCGGCAUCUCAAUCGACCAAGCCUCCGGGACAAAAACAUCCGUCCACAUCGGCGUCUUCAACAAAGACUACGCCGACAUAAUGUGUCGCGACCCCGAAACCGGCCCCCUCUACCAAGCAACCGGCAACGGCCAAUCCAUCCUCUCCAACCGAAUCUCCUACUUCUUUAACCUCAAAGGCCCCAGCGUAACCGUCGACACAGCCUGUUCCUCCUCCCUCGUCGGUCUCCACCUCGCCGUCCAAGGCUUACGUAUGGGUGAAGCCGAACAAGCCAUCGUUGGCGGAACGAACCUCAUCUUCAGCCCUGAUAUCAUGGUCGCUAUGAGUUUGCUCGGCUUUCUUUCGCCAGAUGGAAGGUCUUAUGCUUUUGAUCAUAGGGCGAAGGGUUAUGCGAGGGGUGAAGGUAUCGCGACGCUUGUUCUCAAACCGUUGGAUAAAGCUAUAAGGGAUGGUGAUCCUAUCCGCGCUGUUAUUCGUGGAACAGGCGUUAAUUCCGAUGGGAGAACCGCGGGAAUCACGCUUCCGAAUGGUGAUGCGCAGGCUGAGCUUAUUCGUGAGGUUUAUGCUAACGCUGGUCUUGAUCCUGCUGAGACGGGAUACUUUGAAGCGCACGGUACAGGUACCCAGGCUGGAGAUCCCAUGGAAGCUGGUGCUAUUCACCGCGUGUUUACAGCUAAUCGUCAGCGCUCUUCGCCUUUGUAUCUUGGGUCUAUCAAGACGAAUAUUGGGCAUUUGGAGGGUGCGAGUGGUUUGGCUGGUGUUGUCAAGGCGGUGUUGUGUCUUGAGAAGGGACAGAUUCCGCCGAAUAUGAACUUUGAGAAGCCGAAUGAGCGGCUUGAUCUGGAGGCAUGGAACAUCAAGGCUACAGACGUUCCCCGUCGUGCCUCAGUCAACAGUUUCGGCUACGGCGGUACAAACGCCCACGUCGUGCUCGACAGCUACGACGCAUCGAAACAUGAAGUCAAGACCAUUGACUCAGAAAUCGACCGCAGAGUCUUUGUAUUCUCAGCAGGUCAUCAAGAAGCAGCGUCAUCACUCUUGGCUCGCAUGGCAUCUUACCUGCGCGACAUCCCCACCGAGAAACACGCCCGCGUUCUUCAGCAACUCGCCUACACUCUUUCCCAGCGCCGUUCUCAAUUGUCCCACAGACUAGCUAUCUCUGCUAGUUCUGUUGAAGAACUCAUCGAUACUUUUGAGAAUGGAAAGCUCAGCCUCGUCAAGUCCCAGCGUGUCACGCGUCUUGGUCUCGUCUUCACAGGUCAAGGUGCACAGACUGCGCAAAUGGGCGUUGGUCUCAUGCAUCAAUACGGCGUUUUCGCCGAUAGUCUCCAUCGCGCUGGCGCGACUCUCGAGAACAUCGGUUGUACUUGGGAUCUUGUCGAAGAGCUCUCUAAGGAUGCUGAGAGCAGUCUUGUCAAUGAGCCACUGUACAGUCAACCGCUUUGCACGGCGGUGCAGAUUGCGCUGGUUGACUUGCUUCACUCAUGGGAUGUGCAACCAACUGCUGUUACUGGCCAUUCCAGUGGUGAGAUCGCAGCUGCAUAUGCUGCCGGUGCUUUGUCUCAUGAGGCUGCUAUGAUUGCGGCUUACUACCGUGGUGUUGCAUCAUCUCAACUGGCUGCUGACUCUAGUGUCGAUGGAAGCAUGGCUGCUGUUGGUCUGUCGCCUGAUGAGGCGCAAGGCUAUUUGGACAAGUUGACGACUGGUAAGCUGGUGAUUGCUUGCUACAAUGCGCCUUACAACGUCACUCUCUCUGGCGAUGUUCCCGCUCUUGACGAACUUGAGUCUCUGUUACAAGACACGGGUGUCUUCUUCAGACGACUCAAAGUUCCUGUCGCGUAUCAUUCGCAUCACAUGCAACAAAUCGCCGACGUCUAUCGCAAGUCCCUCGAGUCUCUUCCCAAGCCUGCCGCGAGCGACUCAGGGGUACAGUUCUACUCAUCCGUCACUGGUACAUUGACGCCCAUCUCUGAACUCGACGCUGAGUACUGGGUCCGAAACAUGACCUCACCAGUUCAAUUCACCUCUUCAUUGAAGAGCAUGUGUCUCGGUCUCAAGCCAGACGGGAAACGUCUUACUCGGGGUAACAAGAUGAACGUGCAAAUGCUGGUUGAGGUUGGUCCUCACUCUGCCCUCGCUGGACCUAUCAAGAGCAUCCUCAAGGAUCCCUCGUUCAGCAGCAAGGCCCAACUGCCUUAUACUUCUUGUCUUGUCCGCAAGGAAGACGCUGUGAGUGCUGUUCAGAAGGCAGCUGGUGAUUUGUUCAUGAACGGAUACGCUGUCAAUCUCGCGCGCAUCAACGAGCCAAUUGACGGUCCUUGCCCUCGUGUCCUCCCCGAUCUUCCGCCAUAUCCGUGGAACCACUCCCAGCGAUACUGGCACGAGUCACGCAUCAGCAAGAACUACCGCCUGCGAAACCAGCCUCGCAAGGAUCUCAUCGGCGCACCGGUCUCUGACUGGAACCCUACUGAGCCCCGCUGGCGAGGCUUCAUUCGUCUCUCGGAACUCCCUUGGAUCAAGGAUCACAAGGUAGAGGGCAAGAUUCUCUACCCAGCUGCUGGUAUGAUCGCCAUGGCCGUUGAAGCGAUGCGACAACUGGUGGAUGCUGAUCAAGUCACUGAGUUUGAGCUGCGCGACAUCCAGAUCGGUAAGGCUAUCAUGAUCAGUGAGGAGGAUGGUGAUCUGGAGACUAUGUUUACCGCGCGUCCUUGGAGUACCUCUGCUGUUGAGUCCUCUAAUCAUUGGUGGGAAUUCCGGCUGUUCACUGUCAGUGAGAAUGAGGGCUGGAGUGAGCAUUGUCGUGGUUGUAUCGCUGCUGUGAAGGGUUACUCCUCCGGUGACCUCGGCGGUGCGAAAGAGACCAAGCUUCGCGCCGAGACAUCACACAAUCUUGUCGCUCAGCACGAUGAGGUCUGCGAUGAUACCGUCAACACUCGUCGUAUGUACGAUGAUCUCGAGCACGUUGGUCUCUACUACGGCCCUUCAUUCCAGAACAUCUCCAACCUGCGAAGCGCCAAGAAGCAACCUCUGGUGUAUGCCAACGUCACAGUCCCAGACACAGCACAUCUUAUGCCUCACAAGUUCGAGUUCCCUCAUCUUCUACACCCUGUCACUCUAGACUCUAUUCUCCAGACCAUCUUCCCUGCUCUGGCAUCUGGCGACAAGGACCUUUCCAGCCCUCUUGUCCCGACGUUCAUCAAGCGAAUGAUGGUUGCCAACAGACCUUGUAGUUCGCCUGGACAGGUCCUCAAGGUGGCUUCAUCAGCGCUAUGGAAGGGCUUCAGACACGCCGACGCUGAUAUCACUGCGCUGGAUACUAGUGAUGGCUUGGCAAUGAUUGAGAUUCAGGGUUUGAGAUGUUCUUCAAUCGCGCACAUGGUAGCAGCUGAGACCAGCACUGAUAGCCGCAAGCUCUGCUUCGACAUGAUCUGGGAUGACGACCUCAGUCUUCUCGAAGCCAAGAACAUUACCAAGGUUCUCCCGCCAACGACUGCGACUGAUGAGAUCUCAGCUGAGAUUCGUGACAUGGAGACCGCAGCGUUCUUGUACAUGAAGAAGGCUGUUAAGAGUCUCAAGCCGGAGGAGCGCGCUAAUAUGUCAUCUCACCACCGUUUGUUCUACGAUCAAAUGGUCGGUGUCUGCCAACGCGCUGAGAAGAAGGAAUUUGCUCUUCAAUCAGCUUCCUGGGACUCCGUCUCUGAUGCUGAACGCCAAGAGUUAGCGAAGAAGGUUGCUUCGUUCAGUGCUGAGGGUGAGAUGAUCUGUCGCAUGGGCGAGAACCUCAUCCCCAUCCUUCGACAAGAAGCUGAUCCUCUCACUCUCAUGCUGGAGAACGACUUACUCUACGAUCUUUAUCGUACCGCUUUAGGCACCGAUCGCUGUUACGAGCAGAUGUCAAAGGUGAUCCAGAAACUCUCCCACAAGCAACCCGAUCUCAAGAUCCUAGAGAUUGGCGCUGGUACAGGCGGUGCGACGAAGCCUAUCCUCGAGACUCUCGGCGGCCACGAGCCUGGAUCGUACCCUCAUUUCGCCCAGUACGAUUUCACCGACAUAUCAAGUGGUUUCUUUGAGAAGGCCCAAGAGAACUUCAAAGCCUGGGCUCCAUUCAUCAACUUCAAACGUCUCGACGUUGAAGGUAACUUGCAAGAUCAGGGCUUUGCAUUUGGGUCUUACGACGUCAUCAUCGCAGCCAACGUCCUCCACGCUACUGGAACAAUGAAGAAGACGAUGCAGAACGUCCGAAAACUUCUCAAGCCUGGUGGCAAGCUCAUACUCAUGGAAGUCACGCAUCUUCUUCUUCGCGGAUCCGUCAUCUUUGGCAACCUGCCCGGUUGGUGGCUCGGUGCAGGUGAGGGUCGUACCCAUGGACCUACUUUGACUGAAGAGUCGUGGUCUGAACUCUUGCGCGACACUGGCUUCUCGGGAUUGGAUAUCUGUUUGAGAGAUUUCCCUGACUAUGAGGAGUGUAUGUACAGCGUUAUUGUCACUACGGCUGAGAGGGAGGAGAAGAGUACUUAUCCUCCUGCUGUCAUUCUGGACUCUUUUGGUUGCGAUAACGUAGCGACGAAGCAAUUGGCCCAAGGCUUGAAGAAUCUGACUGGUGUUCAGCCAGAGGUUUGCAGCCUGGAUGACUACGCCUCGGCUGAUGUUUCGGACAAGGUCUGCGUUUGUCUCGAUGAGACUGUCCAGCCAAUCGUCCAUCAGAUCGACGAGGACAAGUUCCUCAAGGUCCGCAGCAUUGUUUCCUCCAGCAAAGGCCUUCUUUGGGUGUCGCGCAAUGGCGCAUCUGGCGAAACCCUCCCCGAGGUCAGCCUCAUGACAGGUCUCGCUCGCUCAAUCCGCUCAGAAGACCAGACCAAGCGUCUUGUCACUCUCGACCUGGACAAUGCGUCGUCUCAGACGUCUUCUGACGCUGCCAACACAAUUCUUCACGCCUUCCAAGGUCUUUUCCGUCGCGAAGAUGACAUCUCCAAGAACGAUUGGGAGUUCCGCGAGCGCGAUGGUCGCCUCAUGAUUCCCCGCGUUAUUGAGGACGUUUCAGCGAAUCAGUACAUCGCGCAUGAGACCCAAGAGCCUGUUCCUGAACUACAGCCCUUCCAUCAACCUGGACGUCCAUUGAAGCUUGAGAUUGGUAUCCCGGGAUUGCUUGACACGCUUCGCUUCAAGGACGAUCCGACUUUUGAGGCACCAAUUGGCGACGAUGAGGUAGACAUUCGCGUCGCUGCUUCUGGUGUCAACUUCCGCGAUAUCAUGGUCGCCAUGGGUCAACUUGUCGAUAACUUCCUCGGUUGUGAAUGCAGUGGUAUCAUUACCCAAGUCGGCGCCAACGUCACGCACCUCAAGCCAGGUGAUCGCGUCUGUACCUGGACCCUCGGCUGCUACAGCACAUACGUGCGAAACCCCGCCACUCUCGUGCAGAAGAUCCCCGACGAAAUGGCCUUUGAAGUCGCUGCUUCUCUCCCCAUCGUGUACUGCACGGCUUACUUCGCCAUCAUCGACACUGCAAGACUUCAGAAGGGCGAGAGCAUUCUCAUCCACGCUGCAGCAGGUGGUGUAGGCCAAGCAGCUAUCAUGCUAGCCAAGAUGGUCGGCGCAGAGAUUUACGCGACUGUUGGCACUGCUGAUAAGCGUCGCUUCUUGAUCGAGACGUAUGGUAUUCCUGAUGAUCAUAUUUUCUCCAGUCGCGAUAGCUCUUUUGCUGAUGGUAUCCGACGCAUGACGAAUGGUAAGGGCGUUGAGGUCGUUCUCAAUUCGUUGGCGGGUGAGUUGCUUCGCGAGACCUGGCAUUGUAUCUCUAUGUUUGGGCGCUUCAUUGAGAUUGGCAAGCGGGAUAUUGAGAUCAACACCAAGCUUGAGAUGACACCCUUCAUUCGCAACGUCACUUUCGCGUCUGUUGAUCUCACAGUCAUCUUCCGUCAUCGCAAGCCUCUUGGUGCCGCUGCUCUCAACUCGGUCAUGGACCUAGUCCGGGACAAGAAGGUUCAUGAGAUCAGCCCCAUUACUACAUACCCUGUCUCCCAGAUUGAGGAUGCCUUCCGAGUCAUGCAGGCUGGUAAGCAUCUGGGUAAGCUGAUCAUCACCGCGGGCGCCGAUGAUCUCGUCAAGGUUCUUCCCAAGAGUGAAGAGACCCUCCAAUUGCCAGCCAACGCCUCAUACCUGCUUGUUGGUGGUCUUGGAGGUUUGGGUCGCGCGACGUCUGCUUGGCUCGCUGAGCAUGGCGCAAAGAACCUCAUCUUCGUCUCUCGAUCCGGCACUUCCAAGCCUGAAGCAGCUGCGCUAGUUGAACGUCUUGAGAAGAAUGGCGUUAAUGUUGCUGUUCUUCGAUGUGAUGUUUCAGACUAUGAGAAGCUUUCUACUGGUGUUCAUGAUGCUCUCAAGACAAUGCCUCCAAUUCGAGGUCUCAUCCACGGUGGAAUGGUUCUCAACGACUCCAUCUUUGAAGCCAUGACCUACGCCCAAUACCAAGACGCCAUCCGUCCCAAGGUUACCGGAACUAUUAACCUCCACAACCUCACCAAGGACAUGCCUCUCGACUUCUUCAUCAUGCUUUCAUCCGCAGCCGGCGUCGUUGGUAACUCCAGUCAAGCCAACUACGCAGCCGGUGGCGCAUUCCAAGAUGCCUUUGCCCACUUCCGUACCGAACAAGGUCUUCCAGCCGUGACUCUUGAUCUGGGUGGUAUUGACGACGUUGGCUUCGUCGCUGAGAAUGCAGACUACGUCGUCAACCUUGAACGAUGGGGUUACUUGACCAUUUCCCAGGCUGAGUUCUUUUCCAUGAUCAAGCAGGCUAUCCUCCACCCCAAGCGCUCUGCGACGAACUGUCAGGUGGUUACUGGUCUGGGUACUCAAGGCAUGGCUGAAGAAGGUAGUGACGCAAGUCCCGAUGAACUACCCUUCUGGUUCCGCGACGCCAAAUUCUCUCAUCUUCUCCAGAUGGGCAGGAAGCAAGUCCACGAGACCGAUUCAGAAAAUGGCGUCCGUCUCACCGAGUCAAUUCCCGCCGCUGAGUCUCUCGCUGAAGCUACUAAUCUCAUCUGCGACGCCAUCAUCGAGAAGAUGGCAAAGAUGCUGGGCAUGCCUGCUGAGAGCAUUGAUGCAUCGCAGUCCAUGGCUGCUUAUGGCUUGGACUCACUUGUGGCGGUUGAGUUGAGGAACUGGCUGUUUAGAGAAGCCAAGGCGGAUGUAGCAGUGUUUGAAGUUCUUGGUAAGGGAUCGCUGAAUGCGCUGGCGGGCGAUAUUGCGCUUAAGAGCAAGAUCCUUCCUGCUUCACUGCGCAAGGAGGCACACGAUGGCGAUGCUUGA